AUGCCAAGUAUUAUUUUGUCAGCUCUUGUUUUAAAUUUAUAUGUUAUAUCAUAUAUGUUAUCAAGAAAAUUUUCUGGAAAUUUUUAUAUUAAUUUAUUAGGUGUAUGGGCGUAUAAUGGAACACAACGUUCAUAUCCAAUUGGUGGUUUAUGUUAUUAUUUAUCACAACCUGAAUCAUUUCAAGCUACGUUAACUGAUCCUCUACGUGCUAUACUUUAUAUUGUUUUUAUGCUUGGUUCAUGUACAUUUAUUUCUAAAACAUGGAAGGAAAUAUCUGAUUUAUAUCCAAAACAUAUUGCUAUCGGUUUAAAAGAACAGCAAAUAGUAGUGUAUGGUCAUCGUUCAAAAUCUAUGAUUGAAGAACUUAAUCAAUAUAUACCAAUAGCUGCUACUUUUGGUGGUUUAUGUAUUGAUGCACUAUUAGUAUUAGCUAAUUUACUUAUUGUAGCUGGUUCGGGUACUGCUAUUCUGUUAGCUGUUACAAUAAUUUUUCAAUAUUUUUCAAUAUUUGUCGAAAAACAGAAUGGACUCGAUAGUAUGGGCACACUUCUAUUCUAA